GCUCAAGGUGGGCUGGACCAGGCUCAAGCAGCAAGGCGCCCGCUCCUGCAUCUCCGCGCCGCAUGCUAGCGCCUGCUGGGCAGGGCAGAAUGGCAGUGCACUUGGGCAGACAGAGAUACAGACAGAGCGUGCUGCUCGGGAGCCUUUGUCGCAAACGAGCGUCGAACGGCAUUCGCAGAGCAGCGAGAGAUUCCGUCGGCGCGAUGAACAGCUUGACGUUGCGCUUCGAGGACGACGGCCUGGAGGCCGGCUUCGCCAGUGGGCGCCGGACGGGGCUGCUUCGCAGCCUUGCUGCCUGCAGCCUGUGCAUCGCAGUUGUCGUCGGCAUGUCCCUGGCGAUGCAGAGGCCGUGGGAUACCAGCGAAAAUGCCAGCAGGCAGCAGGCGCACAUCAUGCAGGCGUCGAACUUGGCGUUCGCUUCGUGCGUGGGGCUUGCCACCCUGUCCUUCGCCGCCUGCUGCCUGCUCCUGCGCACUGGGAGAGUCAGCAGCACCCUGGCCUUGGAGAUUCUCUCGGUGACUCUCACGUGCAUCGGGAUGGUGCUUGUGACCGCCGGCCUGCCAUUCUACACGGGCCGAGUGCUGGGCUACGACUCGGAGCUCUACCUGGAGGGCCGACACAUCACAGACACGGGACUGUUGCUAUCGAUCGACGCUUUCGUGACAGCAAGCCACAUGGCGCUCAACGUGCGAUUUCGCUACAUGAUUCCAAUUCAGGUAUGCGGUUUGAUUUGCUAUGUGAUUCCGGCGCUUAUCCUCGGCAGCCCAGAGAUGGACAAUUUCGUGCAGUUUUCGUCGUCCCUGCUCGGCCUGAUAGUGAUGGCAGCAAUGGGCAAGCACAUCCUGGAGCGCCAGGAGAGGCAUUAUUUCGCGUCUCUGAUCAGAGAGAAGUCCCUCCGCUUCCAGUCGGAGUUCCAGCUGUCGAACUUCCAGGCAGCUGGCGGGCAUCUCGCUGGCAGCGUCCCGUCUGCCCCAUCAGUUCCCGAAUCCGUGCAGUCCACCACGCAAUCAGCACGUAAGUUUAUGCCGCUUGACAGGACGGAGAUCACCCCGACUACUCUACGAGACAUAGCGCUGGUCGGCGAGAGGGAGCAAUGGGUAAUCAGUCGUGAUGAAUUGGGCGUGGUACCAGGGCGCGUGCUUGGAGAGGGUGGCUUCGGAAGAGUUCUCCUGGGCCGUUAUCAGGGAAUCUCUGUGGCAAUCAAGGUUCCCAAGGUCAACGAAUGUAGUCUUUCGAGUAAUGUCAACGCGGUUGAGCUGUGCAACGAGCUGCAGAUUCUCCGGAAGCUUCGGCACCCGAACAUUGUGUUCAUGUACGGGGCCGUCCUGGACGAGCAGAGCUGCAACGUAGCCCUGGUCCUGGAGCUGGUGCAGGGGGUCCCCCUCCACAAGUUCGUGCUGCCCGCGGCACGCCCCCCCGGGGAAGUGGAGCGUCUGCAGGUGCUGGUGGACGUGACGUGCGCGCUGCGGUACCUGCACUCGCGCAGGCCGCACGUGGCGCACGGCGACCUCAAGGACGGGAACGUCUUCGUGGAGCCGCGCCUGGGCGACCGCGCCGUGCCGAGGGCGAAGCUUCUGGACUUUGGCUUGGCGAGGCUGCGCACGAGGCACGCGCCACUGAUGGGAGGCACGGUGCGAUGGGCGGCUCCGGAGGUGCUGUUGCGGACUCGGUCGUCGGCCGGGAGCACCGCGGCUGACGUGUAUUCGUUCGGCCGCCUGGCGUUCUUCGUGGUCGCAGGCGCCCCCCCGUUCCAGGGCAUCGCGAAGCCGGAGAUUGUCAGGAUGGUGGGGAAGUCGCAGUUCCCGCCGAUGGAGUGGCCUCCAGAUGGGCCCACGCCACCCGAGCUCCGGGCGGUCCUGGAGGAGUGCUGCAGCGUCGACCCCAGCCAGAGGCCGAGCAUUUCGCGCGUGCACCGCGGCGUCGCGUCCUGGCUCGACGAGCUCCUGCUGCGGCAGGGCCUCGACCCGGCGAGCCUCGACGGCGAACCCUUCAACGCCAGCUGGGUCUUCGAGGGCGCGCUGCAGGACCGACCGUCGCGUUUGCAGCAGCCCACUCUGCCGGAGCCCGCGUCCGCUCAGAAGCACAGCAGGUCGGCCGCGCAGAAGUACGUCCCGACCCCUGACGACACAAUCUUGGCCUUGUUGCUGGAGGUCCUCAGUUGCCACAACCCGGAGGUCCCAGAGGGCACCUGCUGCCCCUUCCACGGAUGCCUGCACAGCCUGAUGCAGGUGUGCCACGGCCUCCGUGGCAGGGAGUGCCUGCCGGACUGGCUAAGCGAGACCAUGGUUAACGGCCAGUGCUCUUCGUGCGGCGUCCUGUUCUCGUCGACCGCUGGGAGCGGCUUGUCGCGGCACUCCUCGAAACCGCAGGGGUGCACGUUUUGCGAAGCCCCGCAGAGCCGUCGGUCAGAUUCUAGCUAUUGGUCGGCAGACUAACGAACGAGGCUGGGUGCAUCUGAGCGGCGCCCUCCUCUCGCGCUCACUGACGCGAUGCGCAGCGCCGAACGUUCCACUAUCCUGAUCCUCUUAGGCCGUGGGCUGUUUUUUUCAAUGAAGGUAUCAGUCAGCCCAGGACUGCUCCAAGUAUGAGUUUUCUGGGCCGCUCUGGGUCCCCAGAACGGCCCCAUCUGCGCGCACCCUAAGAAAGCCCGCCAAUAAGCAGGCAUCAUGAGUCGGUGCGCUCACAUGGGCCAGAUGGUUUUUCACCCGACCACGGCACGCACAGCUUACUGUUUACUGCUUCAGAAUUUUCGAUCCGCCCGCACGGGCGGCACCUCUAGAACUCGCCUCGGGAGCGCCAGGAGUCCCCAGGCCCCGAGGCUGCGCAGAGUGAGGGUGCGUCGCACAUCGUGAUGGCUCCUGCGUUGUUGGUUGAUCGGCUGUGCUCAGAGCCCCGAAUCAUCAGGGGUAACUCGGGUCAGGGAUAACUCGGGUUCGUUUUUCAGGAUUCCGAACCCGAGUUACCCCGGACCCGAGUUACCCCGGAUAUCUCGGUCGGGCGCCCAAUGUGCCAGCACCGCCCCCUUGCAAUAGUACGUGUCGGCAGCGGUCUUGCGUUCCCGCAGUUUUUAGUCCGGGGCGACCUGGCCCGCCCCAGGCUCUGCCCGCUGCUAUCGGGCGCUUUUGCGCUCAGCCUCGGCCGCAUUCUGCAUUUUUAUGCUGCGACCUCCGGCCUGUCCCGCCAACUUGCCCAUGGGUCGGGCCGGAACAGACGGACAUUGAGUGCAUGCCCCUCGCCCUCCCCCCCCACCCGCAGAUCCGCUCGUCCCCCAUUCGCCACUCCAUGUCGUUCGCCUGUUUCUCAGCCGGAGCCAUUCCUGCAUCCUCACCGCCGACACAUGUUCACCGUGUGGCGGCGCAUCUGCUGCAACGACCCUGAUUGUCUCGAGGGUCACGUGUUUCACUUCGUAGCUUGCUAGUUUUGGGGGUGUGGCCUCAUGCGCAUCAUAUGUGAGAGGCAGGAGCUCUCGAAACACAAA